CACAAUUCCACAAACACAUACAUAGCUAAGUAGUAGCUAAAGUUUCUUGUGCUUCAAAUUAUAUAUAUCGAUAAUCAUCAGCAUGACGAAGAAAAUAGUUAUCCAGGUGCACAAUAUGGGAAGUGACAAAUCCAGAAGUAAAGCCAUGAAAAUUGCUGCAGUGUGCCAAGGUGUAGAAUCAGUGGCAGUAGAAGGCGAAAGCAAAGACCAAUUAGUGGUAACUGGAGAUGGAGUUGACUCAGUUUGUUUGACUAAUCAGAUUAGAAAGAAGUUCCCGGGUGCUUCCAUUAUAAGUGUUGAAGAUGUGAAAAAAGAACAAGAACCACAAAAUGAAGAACCAUCUUUUACUACUUAUCAUCAUCAAUAUGAUUACUAUCGUCCACCACCAUAUUAUCCCUCAUGCUACGUCUAUGAUUCAUACCCCAACAGUUCCUUCUUCUUCUAAUUAAUAAUGAUGUCAUUCUCAACGGUCAAAGACUUCAUUUCUAUACAUCAAAGGGGUGAAUCCAUGCAUCUAUACUAUACUAUACUAUACUAUACACACUUAUAUAUAACUUGUGUGUAUGUAUAAACAAUUUUCAUAUACAGUACACUAAUAUCAUGUGUUAUACAUGGUGUUUGUGGUGUAAUA